UCGAAAGGUGUGCAGUGACACAGCUCCGGGACGGAAAUGGAACGUUGGAUCGGAAAGGUUGCGGUUGUUACGGGUGCCAGCUCGGGUAUUGGGGCUGCCGUUGUGAGGGCUCUGGCCGGGGCCGGUAUGAUCACCGUCGGCCUGGCACGCCGUGCCGAACGAGUGGAGGCAAUGCGAAAGGAGCUACCAGAGGCGGAUGUGGCCGCCAGGAUACACGCCCUGAAGUGUGACGUAACGAACGAGGCCUCGAUCUUGGAGGCUUUCGCGUCCGUACAACGGCAAUUCGGUGGUGUCGACGUACUGAUUAACAAUGCGGGAGUAAUGCGACAGGAAGUUACACUGGUUAGCCCCGGAAAUACGGACGAUUUGCGGGCCGUGCUGGAUACGAACGUGCUGGGGUUAGUGUUGUGCACUCGUGAGGCGUUCAACAUGAUGCGCUCCCGUUCCGUCGACGGGCACAUCGUCAAUCUGAACAGCGUCCUGGGCCAUAAGUACGCCCCGUUGCCGAAUAUCAAUAUGUACAUGGCCUCCAAGUACGCCGUGACGGCCAUAACGGAAACGUUACGGAAUGAUUUCCGUAACGAGAAUACCCGAGUGAAAGUUACGAGUAUUAGCCCGGGGGUCGUACGGACGGAGAUGCUACCAGAAGGCGAUCAGUUCGUCGGGACGCCCAUGCUGGAGGCGGAAGACGUUGCGAAUGCGAUUCUGUACGCGCUCGGCACACCUCCGCACGUCCAGGUGCACGAGAUAAUCAUCAAACCGGUUGGAGAAGCGUUUUAGCUGUGAGGUCACAAAAAAAUGUUCAAUUCAUCAUCAUCUACAUCCUAGGUGUUAGACAAAGAAUAAAAAAAACUGAAAAAAACAAUA